GUAGUUUCUCUCUGUAUGACGACAUGAAAGAUAGUGGAACUCAAAUAUCUGGACAAUUUGUUCGAGGAAUAAAGUUGAACAACCCACAUUUGUACAAAUUCACCGCUCAUAUGCAUUCUACUUGUGAUCAUAUUCACAAAAAUAAAUUUUUCGCGUUUGAUGUGAGUCAUAGUUUCUUGCCUAAAAAGUUCAAGGCUAUUAAUGAGAAGAAGUUUGAGCCGUUUAAAACUACUGCGAACAGUUGGUACUGGGGUCCCUCUGUUCGUAUGGCAGUUAUGGUACAUUACAGAACAUCUAUUCGUUCAAAAACUUGGAGAUUUAAAUCG